ACUGAUGAUUCUUAGCAAAGCAGACUUAGCCGGUCGACUCAUCGGCCGAUGCUUAGCGGCCGCCGUGGGAUUCAGCUUUGGCUGUGUAGCCUUGGUCAAGUCGAUCUACACCGUCGACGGCGGCCAACGGGCCGUGCUCUUCGACCGUAUCCGCGGCGUUCGCGAUUUCACGGUCGGGGAAGGGACGCACUUCCUGAUUCCGUUCCUACAGGAGCCGUUCGUCUUCGACAUUCGCACGCGACCCUUCGCCAUCUCCUCCAUCACAGGCACGAAGGAUCUUCAGAUGGUGAAUCUCACGCUUCGUGUCCUAUCACGCCCUGAUAUCAAUCGCCUUCCUGAAAUUUUCACAACUCUGGGGCAGAAAUAUGAUGACAAAGUCCUCCCUUCAAUUGGCAAUGAGGUUCUCAAAGCUGUUGUUGCACAGUUUAAUGCUGAUGAAUUGCUUACAGAGCGCCCUCAUGUUUCAGCCCUCGUGCGUGACAGUUUGAUGCGUAGGGCAAGUGAUUUUAACAUUGUGCUGGAGGACGUAGCUAUCACUCAUUUAUCAUAUGGUGCAGAGUUCUCCAAGGCAGUGGAGCAGAAGCAAGUGGCACAGCAGGACGCUGAGCGGUCUAAACUCUUGGUGGCAAAAGCAGAGCAGGAGCGGAGGGCAGCCAUUAUCAGGGCUGAAGGGGAGAGUGAGUCCGCUAAGUUGAUUUCUGAUGCUACUGCUACUGCAGGAAUAGGGCUGAUUGAGCUGAGGAUGAUCGAGGCGGGCAAGCACAAUGCUGCAUCCAUGUGGAGGAAUGGGAAUGUGAUGUAUUUGCCUGAUAGCGGCAGCAAUAUGGUCGUUGGUGUCAAUACCGGACACUGAUCACAAGGUAAAAUUAAUAGUUGCUGCUGUCUAAUGUGCAAAUGCGUGUAGAUAGCCUAUAGAAAGUAUUUUCAGGGCAUCUUAUGCAAAUUAUAGGCCUUUUUCUUCAUUCGCCUGGCCAAUAUCGCAUGUUGACUCUCUAGAGGGAAACAAUGCUCUAUUUAGGCAAUUUCUUCUACUAUGCAGAUUACUUGUAGUCCCUCCAUCAUUUUCGUUAUUGCUAGUCUAUUCGUUUCGGUUUCUGUUGUUUGGAGGAUGUUGUAGAUUGCAUUUGACAGGGGGAAGUUUCCUGAGAUUCUUCAGCAUCUUGGUUCUCUGACUUGCUGUAAUGUAUAGUUUCUCCCUCUACUCCUUUCCCAAGUGUAAAUGGGAACUCUUUAAACGCACUGAUCUUUUUUACAGCUCUGUCAAGUGAGAAUGACGAAUUACAUAUGAAUUGAGGCUAUUGUCUAGAGCUUGAGGCUGC